UAGACGCUCACGUGGGCUGCAGUGCUUGUCUUGCGCGCGCAACUCCGACUGCGUGCCUGCGCUCCUCCUCCUCUCCUUCUUCUUCAUCUUUUAUUUUUAUUUGCAGGCAUCGACUGUAUCUGAGAAGGUUAAGGGAACUAAAUCUCUUUAGUUUUGGACGCAGAAGGCUGCUUGGAAACCAGGUCUUAAAAUUUUUUUGAAGUCAUUCAUGAUGUUGAUCUGUCACAAUUCAUUUGAUUAAACAGUGAACCACUUACUCUGGGACACCAUUAGAAAUUAACGCAAUUCCAAAUUAAGGAGAGCUGAAACUACGAAUAAUGAAAGUGCCGGCAACAAGCAACGUUAGAUUAAGUAGAGGACAGGAAAGAAGAAAGCUUAGGAGGAAGAAGAAGGUAGAGCAUCUGCCCCCUGUCUUAGAUGUAAAUUCUACCACUACAAACACUUCUGCAGCUUUUAAUAUUGGUUAUUAUGAAGCCUCCUGCAAUAGACAACGUAGCCUUAAAAAGCUUACUCACAGACAAUCCAGGAAAGUGUUUUUUUCUAGUGCUGUUGAUGAAAAGCCCCAGCAGGAUACUAGCAGAAGUAUACAGAGGAGAACUCAUGCACACACUAAUGGUGCCACUGGAGAGAAGUCACCAGUCUUCAUAUAUCCUUGUCUGGACUAUGAAGUUACAACAGAAGAAGAUGACACAUAUUGGCACUCAUUUGCAGAAUCAAUACAGAAUGGUGUAGUGGAACAAGAUGGAAACCACCUCUCUGUAGAUGAUCAGACAGAUGGAGAUGCUUCAGAGGUCACUUUGCCUUACUUGGCUGCAACGGCUGACAGAAAUCAGAGGACAGUAGUAGUCAUGGCACCUGGACAGAUUCUGAAGUUCACUGGAAAGUGCCAGCUAACUUGCCUUUAUGGACGAGUGGAAGUUUUUGGUUUUACAAUUGAAGAAGGCCAGCCAUCAUACCCAUUGUUCUCACCAGCAUCACAUUGUGCUCUGAGUAUCAAGUCACUUCAGCACCCUACUGGUGGCAAAACUAAAAAAGAACGCAGACUUGAAGCUAAGAGCAUUGUAAAGAACUACUUGUCAUUGGGAUUACGACAGAAUCUGCUUAAGACGGUCACUUCAGAGACAACAUUGAUAUUGCUUGAGCCUUUAGACAGCCCAGUGGUGCGAUUCAUCUGCAGUUUGCCGCAGUACAAGAACUUGUUUAAACCAAUAAUGAAGGAGGACUGCAGUGUAUACUUGCGCAAACCAGAAUGCCCCCUUUCCACCGUGGGUGUUACGAUAUUGCCUGAUGACAGUGGCUUGGUAAUGUCAGAAACCUAUACAGCAGCAGUGAGUGAUCUCAUCAAGGCCUGCCUUGAAGAAGAAGUUGGAUGUCCAGUUAUCCUAGUUUGUGGAGGCAGGAACGUGGGUAAAUCUACUUUCAACAGGUUCCUGAUUAAUUCACUUCUUAACCAUAUUCCCUGUCUGGAGUAUCUUGAAUGUGAUUUGGGUCAAACAGAAUUUACUCCAUCUGGAUGUCUUUCUCUGCAUUCUGUUUCUGAACCUCUAUUAGGACCACCAUUUACGCAUCAGCAUUCCCCACAGCAGAUGGUUUAUUUUGGAGAAGCGUCUUGUGAGAAAGACCUGGAUCGCUACCUAGAAUCUGUAAAAUACUUGUUGAGCUUCUACAGGAGAGAGACCCCUUUAAUUGUUAACACAAUGGGUUGGGUUAAAGAGUUUGGCCUGAUGUUACUUAUAGACCUGAUCCGCCUUCUGUCCGUUACUCAUGUGGUCCAGCUGAGUAAUGGAGAUGUACAGCAAAUGCCCAACCUAACAGCUGCUUACAUCGGCACUGCUCCAGGCUGGCAUACAAAGGGCCAUGUUCAUCGAGCCACAGAUCUAGCUAAUCUAGAGAUGCUUGAAGAUGCUGAUGUACCAAGAGGUCAUAAACUGUUGUGUGUGCAGUCGCAGUUCUCUGCAAUUAUCACGAGAUAUGCCAGUAAUGUCCUACGGGAUCUGGCGCUGUUGGGGUACUUCAGUCAGUUGCAGUCUGCAGAUCCUGGCCCUGUGAUACCACUACAUUGCUUUACACCAUACCAGGUACCCAUGGCCUCUGUAGCCCUCCGAGUGUUGCACUGUCAUGUUGCCCCCAAUCACAUUAUGUAUACGGCCAAUGCCAGUUUUGUUGGACUUUGUAGUGUAGCAGAAGGUGUGAGCUCCUCAGGAAAAGUAGGAAGUCCAGUGCUGCUCUCUCACACCCCAGUCUGCGACUGUCUGGGCUUUGGAAUUCUCCGAGGAGUGGAUGCUGAGAAGGGAUUGUACUACAUAGUGACCCCUCUGGCACCAAGCAAACUGCGGAAUGUUAAUUGUCUUCUGGUGGGAAGUGUGGUUCUACCCCAUUCUGUUUUCAAAAGCCAGGCUGGUACUAAAGACAUGACUCCCUAUGUUACUUCAGAUUACCUGUUCACAGUUUUUGGAGCUGGCAAAGUGAAAGUCAAUAAAUCAAUUAAAAGAAGAGAACAUCUUCAUUCAUCUUUUGGGAACAACUCCAGAUAGGAUUACUGUCGUGCAACCAUACUAUAACUAAAAGACUAUUGAACUUCCCAAAGCCAGCUGUGGGUGUCAUGGUGUUCAGUUGCUAUCACUGACUUUGGGUGACUUUUAAAUUGCAAAAGGGAGCUCUAUAUAUGAAUCAAAAAUUAAAAAAAAAAAACACAAAGGUAAAACAUUGUGCAGGCCCCUUGGCUCUUGAUAAAUGUGACUGCUUCUUAACAUUGUACAAUCUGCUUCAAAAAAAUCAUAGCCAUCUCCUGAAAUGAGUCGAGACCUGCUGGCUGAAUGAAAGAUGCUUGAUAUUCAUUGUAUACAUCAUACGUUUAGUGUUACUGAGCAGUCAAGUGAGCUAGGCCAAACAAUACCCAAAGAACCAGAUUGUGCUCUCCCAAGAAUACUGAGAUUGGAGAAAACCAAUGUACUCAUUAUUUUGUCAGUCUUUUGCUUGCGUUGACAUUAAGGUCACAUUCAUGACUUGUUGGCUCACCUGUUAUGGACAUAUUAAGCUGACAGUGAAUUAGAUCUGUGAUUGCAAUGCAUUAUUUGCAUUUUGGAUUUUUUUUAACUGUAUAUUUUCUUUAAUAUUAAACAUGUUUAUUGUU